AAUCAGCCUCAGCCCAUUCUGACGCUCCAGCAAGCAGCGCUAUGGCAGCCGGUGCCCACCCCUUGCUGCUCCUCGUGGGCCUCCUCACCCUCUGGGCUGGGAUCUCAUCUGCAAAGGAAACAAAAGACAUCUGCAGACUCCCCAAGGAUGCAGGUCCCUGCCUGGCCCUAUUUUCCCGCUGGUACUACAAUUGGGAAUCUAAGAAAUGUGAGACAUUCACCUAUGGGGGCUGCAAAGGGAAUGCAAACAACUUCAAAACUCUUGAAGAAUGUAAACGCACCUGUCAAGUGCGUCUCCCGAGGGCCUCUGGAGGGGAAUGUCCCAAGCCCACUGGCGCGGGGAUCUGUGUGGAACAGUGCAGCAGCAAUGACGAUUGUAGUGCCGGAGAGAAGUGCUGCAGCAACGGCUGUGGGCACGCCUGCAUGAAAGUCAACAGUGGAGCCAAGAGCGGCUGAGCAGCAACCCCCAGUCUGACCGGAGUUCUACUACUGACCCAGCCAGCUCUACAGCCAGGCCCCUCGUCGGCUUCUUUGCGGGGAGAAGAGCAGGAAGACAAUUGUCAAGAUGUGUUGCGGUUGCCUACCUAAUCCCACCCCUGACACAAUAAAAGAAAACCCACCAUGA